CCUUCCUCCUCCUCCUCCUCCUCCUUCUUCUUCUUCUUCUUCUUCUUCUUCUUCUCCCUUCGGCACGAUGGAGGCCGGCGCAAGGGGGGACGAAGGGGAGAUGACGGGGGUCGCGCCGGGAGACGGCGGAGGACCGGAGAGGGGGAGCACUGCAGCCGCCGGCCCCAGUUCCGAGCGGCAGGUGAUCCGGUGGGAGCGGUUCCUGCCCCGGAGAUCCCUUCGGGUCCUCCUCGUCGAGCACGACGACUCCACCCGGCACAUCGUCGCCGCCCUGCUCCGCAAAUGCAGCUACCACGUUGCGGCCGUCGCGGAUGGGCUCAAGGCGUGGGCGGUCUUGAAGUUGAAGUGCUACAAGUUCGAUCUUGUGCUCACCGAGGUGGAGAUGCCUUCGCUGUCCGGGAUUGGGCUCCUCUCCAAGAUUAUGGCUGCCGAGGAGUGCAAGAACAUUCCAGUGAUCAUGAUGUCUUCUCAAGAUUCCAUUGGUGUAGUGCUCAAAUGCAUGCUAAAGGGUGCUGUAGAUUUUCUGGUGAAACCAGUGAGGAAGAAUGAGCUACGGAACUUAUGGCAGCAUGUUUGGAGGAGACAUUGUUCAAAUAAUGCUACAAAUGCCUCCGACAAUAAUGCUGCUAGCAAUCAUGUGAGUGUCAAUGCUGGUGAUGGAUCCAAGACUGGGGAAAACAGUGAUGAGGAUGAUGCUCAGAGUUCUGGCAGUAAGCCAGAGGCUCAGAGCAAAAGUGUGCAAAAGCAUAUAGAAAUUCUUCAAUCUGUGGAGGAGAACAGGGAAUCUGAACCAAAAGCAGAGCAGCUCAAUGAUGGUACAAUAAUAGUGGCAAAUCAAUUGAAGAACUAUAAAGGAAAUGAAGCCAGAGAUAAGACUUCUGGACCUACAGUCCAAGUAAAUCAUUCAGUUCAAAGUACUAUCUUAGCUGAGCAAAGGGAGGAUAAGAAUUUUUGGUGUAAUAGAUCCAUAUGUAAGGAGCAAAAACAGGUGUGUGUGAGGUUGCAGAAGGAUGAGGACUUUGAUCCUAAACCAUAUCAUCAGCCUGAUGCUACAAAUGAAUCUUUCCAGAACAUGAUAGAGUUUAUUGAGCCAACAACUAGCAGAAGAUGUGUUCCUGCAGCUAUGGAAAGGGCUGCUUCUAUGGAAGAUAUACCAUGUGAAGCUUCAACAUGCUCUCAUGGAAAAUGUAUAUCUGACUUUGGUUCUUCCCAGCUACUUGAACUUUCCUUGAGAAGACCACAACUUGAUGGCUGUGUGAAUCUGGAGUUCAAAGAAAAGCAUGUACUGAACCAUUCUAAUGCGUCUGCUUUUUCAAGGUACAGUGAUAAGAAGAUGCAGCAUUCUUCUCAAAAGCCAGUUUUAACUUCUUUAUGCAUUGGCACCAAGGAAUCUGUUGAAGAAACCCAGCAACGUGCCAACCUAUAUAGCUCUUUUAGUGAAACAUGUCAUGCCCUAUCUUCUAAAGAAAUGCUGACAUCUGAUCGGGGUAAAGCAAUUGAAGCUGCCAUUUAUUUUCAAAUUUCUUCUGAUAGCAACAAGGAGGAUGGUGGCAUUUUAUCUUCUCAUCCGAUACAUGAUGAUGCUUCACACCCUCAAUAUAACUUUUUGUCAUUGCCAGUACCUGUUGGAGCAAUUCCUUACCAGAGGUUGUCAACCAGAUUUGGUGCUACUGUGCAACCACUGUUCUUACAUCCAAACAAUUCAACUUCCUCAGAGAAAAGAAUGGUUCAGGAUAGUUCUGUACAAUAUAUUCACCAUGAAAGUCAGAUUAUGAAUAAUACUCAGCAACUUGAAUAUCACGGCCAUGAAGAUUAUCAUCAAUUCAGCUACUCUAGACAUCAUGCUGAGACAGAAUUAGGGGGUCCAGGAGAUUCCUCAUGCAUUCCCUCCGAACAAGCCAUUCAAAGUGCCAGCUCUAGCCUAGAUAUUUACAACGAUUGUGGAACAAAUGAUUGCGACAAAACAACAGAAGCUCCUGCAAGCACCUUUAAUGCUAUAGAAAGUGGAAAUGAGAGUGGUGUCCAGAACUCUGGCAGGAAAGGUUUGGAUUGUCAUCUUUCUCCCCGAGAAGCUGCAUUAAUAAAAUUCCGUUUAAAAAGAAAAGACCGAUGCUUUGAGAAAAAGGUUAGGUACCAAAGUAGGCAAAAGCUAGCAGAGCAGCGACCAAGAGUGAAAGGGCAAUUUGUGCGUCAAAAAGUCAUUGACUCGACAACUGCAGCAGAAGCAGAAGACUAACUUGAGCGACUGACAAUAACUUUUCCUUGAGUUGUUAUGUCCAGUAAAGUGAAUUUGAGGUAGGUUUAAGUUAAAUUUCUCCUUCUUAUUGUACUCCCUUAUCUGGCUGCACAGUUCUCACCUACAUUACUAGCCUGUAAUCUCUGAAGAACUUUGAUCAGAGAAUGUUGUCACUGAUCUUUACGAUAAAAGAUGAGAA